AUGUUCAUGUUCAAGUUAUUUGGCUUUUUCACAGCGUUUGGAUUCUUUUCUGGAUGCAUCGCGAACUCCCUCUUCAUCUUCAUCACAAUUAAAUAUAUUAAAAACAUAUCAGUACCAUAUAAACGAAUGAUCGUUGUCUUCGCUGCCCUGGGACUCAUGUUUUCGGGCUUUGAAGCUAUUUCAAAACCAUUCACCCACAACUACAAUGGUACGCUAUUGUACUUCAGCGCUACCAAUUUUCAAUUACCAAUUAAUAUCAGCAAUGCCUUCAUAACGGUGUGGUCGUGCUUUUAUCUAACAACUUUCUCAUUUAUAUCCGUCCUGUUCAUAUACAGAUAUUUAUGCUUAUUUGACAGUUCAAAAACCAGGUUUUUUGAAGGAUUCAAAGGCGGCUUAUGGAUGUUGUAUCCUUUACUACCAGGAAUUUGCUAUGCUAGCACUAUAAAGUAUUUAUGUGCACCUAAUGAUUAUACAGAUGAAUAUGUCAGAGACUCUGUAGCAGAGAAUUAUGGAUUAAAUGUAUCUGAACUCGCUAGGUUCUCAUUAACACCUUAUAAUUCUGAUGGCUCUGUUAUACAUACUAGUAUAAUAUUCCUUUUGAUCGCAUCAUCUCUCAUCAAUUUUCAUUUCUCCAUCAUCAUAUUCUGCAGUCUAAAAAUGCAUUUCAACAUGAAGAAGGAAUUGGAAAAGUUCUCUGUCCAGAACCAAAAUUUACAACGGCAAUACUUCAUUGCACUUGUCAUACAGGCGUUAGUACCAACAAUGUUUCUGAUAACACCUGCCGUGCCAAUCUUGAUAGCUCCAUUUUUGGCACCAAUCGUUGGAAUUGAAGUGGAUUGGCAGUCUGGGAACCUGUAUUCGCUUGUUGGAUUUUAUCCGCCGUGUGAUUGUAUUUCAGUCGCACUAGUUGUUUCCGAGUAUAGAAAUAUUAUUAAAAAUAAAAUAUCAAUGUGUUGUAAGAACAAUGCACAAGUCUCCGUGAUAAAUUCACUUUGA